GAAGCCGCGAAGUGCGGACAGAGAGGCAGAUAUACCGUCGGUCAGUCUUCGGCGAGUCUUCGCCGACUAGUGUGAAAUAUCGCGCCCAAGUGUUACGAGCCUACGGGCCACGCGGCCUCCUCUCGUACGCGACACGACCUGUCCUCCAGGCCGCUGACGGAGACGUCUGGUGCCGCGACACGACGACGAUUUUCCGUUCCCCGCCGCCGCCCCGACCGCGCUCGUUUUUCUCGCGACGCGUCGCGAAUUCGAUCGGGGAAUCGAUCGCGCGCCAUCCCCAGGGAGAGUCACACCCGACUCGUGAAUUUUUAUACUCUCAUUGAGAGAAAGAGAGAAUUUCUUUGAUCUGGGAACGUGUUAGGUCGCAUCGCUCGAUUCCCUGCGGAGGGUUCCUCUUGAUUGAUAUCCUCGAUCUAAGAUCGAGGUUUUGAGCGGGAUUACGAGUCGCUAUUGGAGUUCUGCUUGACGAAGGGCGAAAGAAUUGAACGCGAGAACUGGAGAACACCGAAAAUGCAGCCGGCGAACGUUCCGCGGGCGCCGGAUUCUCCAACGCGCACCUCGUGCCACGAGCGCGAUCGGGACCGCGGCAGAGAACGCGAGCAGGAUCGAGAUCGCGAGCGAGACCGCGGCGGAAGACAAAGCCGUAUGAGUCCCGAGGAAGAUCGAGAGGAUCGCGAGGAGCGCAGCUCGAUCACCAGGCAGAGUCUCGAACUCGCCGCGAUCUCGGCUAAUCAAGGAUUGCAGUUGUCCUUGUCGCUGGAAGAUCGCGAACUCUGGACCAGGUUUCAGUGCAUCACGAACGAGAUGAUUGUGACGAAAAACGGAAGGAGGAUGUUUCCGGUGGUGAAGGUUGUAGCACGGGGUUUGGAGCCGGCGGCUAUGUACACCCUGCUACUGGAAUUUGUGCAGGUCGACUCACACAGGUGGAAGUACGUGAAUGGAGAAUGGGUGCCGGGUGGAAAGGCGGAAGUCGCGCCCCCUAAUCCGAUUUAUAUACAUCCUGAGAGUCCGAAUUUCGGGGCACACUGGAUGAAGGAGGCUGUAUCGUUCGCCAAAGUGAAGCUGACGAACAAGUCGAACGGUAACGGACAGAUAAUGCUCAACUCGUUGCACAAAUAUGAGCCGCGCGUUCAUUUGGUUCGAGUGGGCGGCGAGGAGCAGAGAACGGUUCUUACGUAUCGCUUCCCCGAGACCCAAUUUAUCGCGGUGACGGCGUACCAAAACGAGGAAGUGACGAGCCUGAAGAUCAAAUACAAUCCUUUCGCAAAGGCGUUCCUUGACGCGAAGGAGAGACCCGUGGAUCCGCAAACUUAUCCGCAAUACGCUGGUCCCUGGUUCCUGUCGCAACCCACAAUGGGAUACGAGUACAACACCGCAUCCGCGAUCGCGGUCGCGCAAAAUCAAGUAUCGGCCAGCGUCGGCAAUCACCUCUCUAAUUCGUGCAGCGUCACCACUUCUGGGCAUAGAAGCACCUGCAGAACGGCGCCGUACACCUUGAGGCACAAAUACGGCCAAGACGAACAACAUUCAGACCCUUAUGCUCCUAUGCCGCUAUUGCAUUCUACCGCCUACGUGGCAGCUCCAGCCUGGUCACCACGUAGUCCGGAGUCCUUACAGAACUUAAACUCCGCGUGCCUACCAUCGACCGCGCCGCAGGAGUGGCCAACAUCACCAUCGCCGUCGCCGACGUCCUCGGCGCACACGGUCCUCGGCAGAACCGUGGUCGGUACCGCGUCUGCCGCUGCUGUCGCUGCCGCUACCACCGUAACUGGAUGCACAUUGUACGUGCCCUCAAAUUUACCGUCGCAGGAACACAGCGGGCACUGCACGGACUCGUCCUGGAUUCACCCAGGCGCGCUCGAGCAGCAGCAGCAGCAGCAGCAACAACAACAACAGCAGCAACAGCAACAACAUCAACCCUACUUGAACCUAAACCUCCAUCUGCACCAUCAGAUGUCUUCUUACGGCUCCGUGCCGCACGCGGGACUACAUCACGGUCUUCAUCCGGGCGGAGAAACGGUACCUCCUGCGGACGCGAAUGACUACGUUCACGAGUACCAUCACGCGUCACCGGUACAAUCGACCACCCCCGAUCAGCACCGUCAUCAUCAACAACCGCAAUCACAGCCGCAGCAUCACCCGCAAGCGCAGAUGUUGCAUUUGCAGGCGAUACCGCAAACAGGCACCACGUCACCGGUCAGCGUGGAAUACGACAGCUCUCCGAAAGAACACCCCCAUAUUCAAGUGAGCUAUCCUCCGGAGCAAAGCGCGGACGCUUUAAGCGAAGUGCAACAAGACGACGAGAGAAGAUAUCUAACCACAGUGGUGGGUCGUCAUCACCACCAUCACCAUCAUCACAAUCAUCAUCGGCAGGACACGGAAAUCGCCAGCGCGGAGCAAUCGAGUGCGUGGACGCCGUUGACGCCACCGCCGGCACCGCAAACCACCGCUAUCUGAUUCGAUCAAACCCCCUUCGCGCGGAAAAUCUCACGUUUACUUCUUUCUUACUCGUGAACGGCUCGUGGUGUAUCGAAAGUGAUUGCCGUCGUGAUUGCAAAGAGAAAAUCGUCGACCGUGGUGAAGUGUCACCGCGAUGUCGAGCACGUCGACGCGCGACCGUCGUUUUAACGUGUCGCAUAAUUAGAAUAAUCGCGCACGACAGGUAUCGCAAUGCUAAAUUGUACUGAUCCGUCCCAAAACGCCUGGUCUAUCGAGCAAUUACAAAUUGCGUUAGUACGUUAGAUAUGUCAAGAGAGAAAUAAAGUACUGAUAAAACAUUUA